AUGACCUCGGACGAGGUCACCAGCAUACAAAAUGAGUCGAGAACGAACAAGAAGGAUGUCAAGGAGCCAGAUCUAAUAGCUCCAACUGGUGACCAGGAUAUCGAUUCUGAGGAGAAACAUAGCAAUGGGGAGACACACGAAUUGCCCGAGCUGCAACGCAGGUUGAAAAGCCGGCAUUUGCAGAUGAUUGCGAUGGGUGGUGCAAUUGGAACUGGUCUCUUCAUCGGCAGUGGUACUGCAAUUGCAACAGCUGGGCCCGUGGGAGCCUUGAUUGCCUUUAGCUUCGUCGGGUCCAUUGUUUAUUCCGUUAUGACAGCCCUGGGCGAAGUAGCCACAUAUCUACCCAUCCCGGGAGCAUUCGCUGCUUAUGCAACACGACUGGUUGAUCCUAGUCUAGGAUUUGCCAUGGGUUGGAUCUACUGGUUUUCCUGGGCUUCGACAUUCGCUCUUGAGCUGACCGCGACCGGUCUGAUUAUUCAAUACUGGGACGAGACGAUACCAAUGGCAAUCUUCAUUGCUAUCUUCUGGGUCGUUAUUAUUAUCUUGAAUAUGUUCCCAGUGAGCUGUUACGGUGAAGUCGAAUUCUGGCUGUCAAGCAUUAAGAUCAUCACUGUCGUCGGGUUCAUGAUCUUUGCUAUUUGCAUGAACGCUGGCGUCGGCAAAGAGGGAUACAUCGGCUUUAGGUACUGGGUACACCCAGGACCCUUCCAGCCUUACCUGAUCACAAACCCAGAGCAAGAUGCUCUGGCAAAGUUCGUCGGCUUCUGGGCUAUUCUCAUCAAAGCAGGGUUCUCAUAUCAAGGAACAGAGCUUGUUGGCAUCGCCGCAGGAGAAACAGAGAACCCAAGCAAAAACGUUCCAUCGGCAAUUCGCAAAACAUUCUUCCGAAUCGUAUUCUUCUUCAUUUUCACCAUUUUCUUCGCCGGUAUCGUCGUUCCAGCCACAGAUAAACACCUUACAUCCAGCGACGGCAACAGCGCCGACGCAAACUCGUCGCCUUUCGUCAUCGCCGCAAAUCGCGCCGGCGUCAAUGCCCUACCGAGCAUCAUCAACGCGGUCUUACUGACAGUGGUCCUCUCAGCAGCCAAUUCAAACGUUUACAGCGGAAGCCGCAUCCUAGUCGGCCUAGCAAACGAAGGUUUCGCACCACGCUUCUUCCUCAAAACAACCAAGCACGGCGUCCCAUACGGAAGUGUCCUUUUUACAGCAGUCUUUGGUCUACUGGGAUUUCUGAACUUGAGCAAUUCGGGAAGCACCGUCUUCAACUGGCUGGUGCAGAUUGCGGGCCUGGCAGGCUUUAUUACUUGGUCUUCACUGAACAUCUGCCAUCUGGCAUUCAUGAGAGCGCUAAAGGCCCGUGGUAUCUCGCGCGAUACUCUUCCCUACAAAGCGACGUGGCAGCCGUACCUGUCAUGGUACGGUCUGUUCUUCAAUGUCCUGAUUAUCCUCACUCAGGGCUUUACGGCUUUCUUACCGUCGUUCAGUGUGACGGACUUUUUUAUCAACUAUUUGAGUCUGAUUCUGUUCGCUGUUCUAUAUUUCGGCCAUAAGAUUGCCUUCCGGACAAAGUUUGUGAAACCUAUUGAGGCGAAUAUUGAUACGGGCAGAUAUGAGCCCGAAUAUGGUGCUUAG